AUGUAUGAUUUUAACCCUUUAACUCCCUUAGACUUGUUGCCAUUACCUUCUUCUGAGCAUGUGAACUUAGAUGGCAAAAGGAAAGCUGAAUUCGUGAGAACAUUACACGAGAAGGUCCAUACCAACAUCGAGAGAAGGACGGCCCAAUAUGCCCAACAGGCUAACAAGAAUAGGCGCAAGCUUGUUUUUGAACCUGGUGACUGGAUUUGGUUACACUUGCGCAAGGAACGAUUUCCAAAGCAACGUCAAAUCAAGUUGUCACCAAGAGGCGAUGGUUCUUUCCAAGUCGUGGAGCGCAACAACGACAACGCAUACCGCUUAGAUCUACUCGGUGAGUAUCAAGUAAGUGCUACAUUUAACGUUGCUGAUCUCAGCCCAUUUCUUGCAGGGGACAAACACGAUUUGAGGUCAAAUCCUUCUCAAGAGGAGGGAAAUGAUGCGAAUGACCAAGCUGCCUAUGGUGAUCAAGCAGACCCUGUGAGGGUGCCCCAAGGCCCAGUGACACAUGCACGAGCUAAGAGAUUCAAAGAGUCGCUUCAAGCCCUAGUUCAUGCUGGAGCAACCGUGCAUUAA